AGUUCUCUAUAUACCGUGACUGCGUUUCUGAAUCAAUCUUUGCUGUUGGCGGUCUUCAUCAGUGUCCCAAAAUCUUGGAGUCCUCUCAUGGAAGUUUUCUGACACCAUUUGUUGGCCACCACAGACACUGCUCAAAGUCAAAUAGCUCUGGACAUUAGGUUAAUUGUCAAAUUUUGAAGGUUCUACUGAGUAUCCAGGAUCAAGAUGGUUUACUACUUUACAUCAAAUGUAACUGAUCCACCGAUCACCCUGUUCAUGGGCUUUGACAAAUAUGAAAAUGAGGAGCUCAUCAGGUGGGGGUGGCCGGAAGAUGUCUGGUUUCACGUGGACAAGGUCUCGUCGGCCCACGUGUACCUCAGACUGAAGCCGGGCCAGACCAUCGAGACUCUCGCCAAGGAGACGAUCGAGGACUGCGCCCAGCUGUGUAAGGCCAACAGCAUCACUGGCAACAAGAUGAACAACGUGGACGUCAUCUACACCAUGUGGUCCAACCUGAAGAAGACGCCGGGCAUGGAGCCCGGCCAAGUCAGCUUCCACAAGGACAAGGAGGUGUACAAAAUUCGCCUGGAGAAGCGGAUAAACGAGAUUGUGAACAGGCUGAACAAGACGAAGCGGGAGGAUAAGCCCGACUUUCGGGCGCUGCGAGAGGAGCGGGACCGACAGGAGCGAGACAAGAAGAAGGCCGAGUUUAAGAAGCAGCAGGACCAGGAGAAGGUUCUGCAGAAACAGCGAGAGGAGGAGGCGAAACUCAGGAGCUACGACUCGCUGAUGCAGUCGGAGAACAUGACGUCCAACCAGGACGGCGGCAACGACUCUGACGACUUCAUGUGAUACUGCUCUCCGUCUCUGUGCACCGCCUCUGCGCCGAGUCCGUCUCAGUUGAGCGGCACGGCUGUGGCGGCCUCCCCUCUGGACUCAGAAUGUGGUACUGCGCGGCAGUGAACGAUCUGUGCUGAAUCUGAGGACCUUGCACACAGUGGGAGGCGGUGAAAUAUUGGACAGCGGCGUUCGGACCGUGUGGCUUUCGAUGUGGACCAUGCAACAGCCGUGAGUGCGCACCGGGGCAGGGAAUCGAGUCAUGGAUGAGAGUCGGGGUCGGGGUCAGGACUGUCAAACUUUAACGCCUCCCGUGCUGUGCAACCAGACUGGGUGGUCCCUCGUCUGUCAUUCCCUGAUAUUCAAACUCAGUUGUUUGGCCUAAAUCUCCUCUCUGCCCUGGGUUUCCCCCGGACGGCUCUACUGAUCGCCGCCCCCCUCGGCUCCGUACUGGGCGGACAGAACUGCUGAGUAUCGUUGUUUGUAACUGGUUGUGCCAGCCGGGUGUUGACGUUUUAUAAACGGUCUAUGUUC